AUGCGACGCGCCCCAGACUUUGCAAUUGCCCCUCCUAUGCCCCUCCGCGAUAUUGUUGACAUGUGGCUGACAAGCACAAAGGCACCCCGAUGUGCAGAAGUUCAAGCCGACUGCCCUGAAAAUGGGCAAGGCGCAGUCCUUGUCCACGAGCGUUUGAGUAUCGUCGGUGUUGACUCUGGCGCUCAGCCGCUUGUCAACGAGGACGAGACCGUCUCGCUCGCCGUCAAUGGCGAAAUCUACAACCACAGAGUCCUGCGUAAGGGCCUGAAAACACCAUACAACUUCAAGACACACUCAGAUUGCGAGGUUAUCAUUCCUUUGUAUCUUGAACAUGACAUCGACGCGCCACGGAAACUCGACGGUAUGUUCUCAUGGGUUCUCCAUGACAAGAAGCAAGAUCGCAUUAUUGCCGCAAGAGACCCUAUUGGAAUCACCACAUUCUACAUGGGCAGGUCAAGCACAACACCUGGUGCUGUCUUCUUUGCAUCGGAGCUCAAAUGCCUGCAUCCCGUUUGCGACAACAUCAUUUCCUUCCCUCCAGGUCAUGUUUACGACUCAAAAACCGACGAGCUGAAGCGAUACUACGACCCCAAGUGGCUCGUCGAGCCUGAAAACAUUCCCACCACACCCGUCGACUACAAGGAGCUGAGGACAUCAUUUGAGCAAUCAGUGCGAAAGCGCAUGAUGGCAGAAGUGCCCUUUGGUGUACUGCUCUCUGGUGGACUUGACUCGAGUCUGGUAGCUUCAAUCGCGCAAAGGGAAACCCAACGGCUGAACGAGGCGACAAGGAAACGGGCUGCCGAGACCAAGGGUGCGGUAUCCAACCAGGAGAACGAGCUCGUGGGUAUUGAUGACCAGAACGAGCUCCAGACGGAUUUGCUGCUUGGUCAGCUCAACUCUUUCUCCAUCGGUCUUCCCAACGCCCCAGACGCCAUUGCUGCGCGUGAGGUGGCCGAUUUUCUCGGAACCAAGCACCACACCUUCACCUUUACGAUUGAAGAUGGUCUCAACGCACUCACAGAUGUCAUCUUCCACCUCGAGUCGUUCGAUGUCACCACAAUCCGUGCCUCCACACCUAUGUUCUUGUUAGCACGAAAGAUCAAGGCCAUGGGUGUCAAGAUGGUGCUUUCAGGAGAGGGCAGCGACGAAAUCUUUGGCGGAUACUUGUACUUCCACAACGCGCCUGACAAGGCUGCCUUCCACCAGGAAUGUAUCCGCCGAGUCAAGAACUUGCAUCUCGCGGAUUGCCUGCGCGCCAACAAAUCGACCUCCGCAUGGGGAGUCGAGGCACGCGUGCCCUUCCUCGACAAGAACUUCCUCAACGUCUCCAUGAACAUCGACCCUGCCGAGAAGCUGCACACCAAGGAGCGCAUCGAGAAGUACAUUUUGCGAAAAGCCUUCGACACCACCGACGAGCCCGAGACGCAGCCAUACCUGCCCGACCACAUCCUCUGGAGACAGAAGGAGCAGUUCUCUGAUGGUGUUGGGUACGGGUGGAUUGAUGCGCUCAAGGACAACGCUGAGCUGCAUGUCACGGACGAGAUGAUGAAGAACCCCAAGCCCGAAUGGGGCAGCGAUAUUCCCGACUCCAAGGAGGCGUACUGGUACAGAACUAUGUUCGACGAGCACUUCCCUAGCUACUGUGCAAGCACCGUCAUGCGAUGGACGCCAACGUGGAGCAACCAGACGGAUCCUUCUGGACGUGCCAUCGGCGUCCACGCGCAAAAGUACGACACCGCGAAAUAG